UGUUCCUGCUCAGGCAGAGAUAGCGCCCUGGUUUCGUCACUGCGCUGGGGGGGCUGAGCCCAUCUCCUCCCCUGCGCUCCAGAGCCCAAACAAACAACCCAACCCACAGGCUGAGCCGGACGGGCUGUGGGGGAUCUGGCAUGGAGACCCCCAAGCCGGGGGCUGGCAGCGGGGGGACGGGCAGGGGCCCCCGGCGGUGCCCGUUCCGCAGGCGGGGCACUUCCAGCGGGAUCCCGCAGGAAGGUGGGGACAGCAGCCUGCACCAGCUGCUCAAGGCCUUCGUCUCGGCAGGCAGAGUGGACCACGUCGCCAUGGUCAUGGGGCUGCACCCCCAGUACCUCAGCAGCUUCUGGAAGACCCAGUACCUGCUGCUGCGCAUGGACGGGCCCCUGCCCUACCACAAGCGCCACUACAUCGCCAUCAUGGCAGCAGCCCGGCACCGCUGCUCCUACCUGGUGGGCUUGCACAUGGGGGAGUUCCUGCAGGUGGGGGGCAACCCUGCGUGGCUGCGGGGGCUGCACUGUGCCCCCCAAAAACUCCGGAACCUCAAUGAGAUCAACAAGCUGCUGGCGCACCGGCCCUGGCUCGUCACCAAGGAGCACAUCGAGGCUCUGCUGAAGCCAGGGGAGGACAGCUGGUCGCUGGCAGAGCUGGUGCAGGCGCUGGUGCUCCUCACCCACUACCACUCGCUCGCAUCCUUUGUCUUCGGCUGCGGCAUCAAACCCGAGGAGGAGCAGGAUGUGGGGAACAGCUGCUCGCCCCACAGUGACAGCAGCCCUGCCUCUGAUGACAGCGUGGGGGGCUCUGGGGGCACUGAUGCCAUGCAGGAGGUGGAGAUGCUGAUGGAGAGGAUGAAGCUGCUGCAGGAAAACCAGCUGGAGGAGGAAGGAGUCACACAGGAGGAGAUGGCAACACGUUUUGAGCUGGAGAAGACGGAAAGUUUGCUGGUCCCUUCCUCAGAUGUUUUGGAUCCCUCCCUGCAGUCCAACAUCCGCUGCUUCCUGGAGGACCCUGAGUUCGGAUACAAGGACUUCACACGGAGGGGGGAGCAGGCCCCCCCCACCUUCCGUGCACAGGAUUACACCUGGGAGGACCACGGCUACUCGCUGAUGAACCGGCUGUACCCAGACGUGGGGCAGCUCCUGGAUGAGAAGUUCCAGGUGGUUUACAACCUCACCUACAACACCAUUGCCAUGCACUGUGGUGUGGACACCUCCGUGCUGCGCCGAGCCAUCUGGAACUAUGUCCACUGCGUCUUUGGCAUCCGCUAUGAUGACUACGACUACGGGGAGGUGAACCAGCUCCUGGAGCGCAACCUAAAGAUCUACAUCAAGACAGUGGCUUGCUACCCGGAGAAGACGACCAAGCAGAUCUACACCCAGUUCUGGAGGCACUUCAAACACUCAGAGAAGGUGCACGUCAACCUGCUCCUGCUGGAGGCGCGGAUGCAGGCGGCUCUGCUCUACGCCCUCAGGGCUGUCACCCGCUACAUGACCUGAGCUGCCUCUGCUGCCUCCUCCUCUUCCUCUGCCCUGGCUGUGCAGGAAGGCCAGGGGGCAGCUGGUACCCUGAAAACCCGCCGGGAGUAUUGUCUCCCUGCUUAAUGAGCUGUGGAAGUGAGGUGGGAGCUUCCCUGCGCUUUCUCCCAGGAAAGGGGAGCCCCAAGAAGCUCUCGGUGGAGGGGACACCCCGAAGUGCUGCUCUGUGCCUUUGUGGGGUGACCCAGUGAAGCCAAACCGGGAUGUCUGUGGGUGCAGUGCUGGUGUCACACCCCUGUGACCUCUCCUGGCACCAAGGCUGUCACCAAGAGCGCUGUCCCCCUGCCAGAGAUGGCCAGAGGAUAUCCUGGGCUUCAUCCCUGCUUUUUGGGUCCUGCUGGGCUGGGAGAAGCUGCUGGUGGGGGGGAUGCCCAGACAAUCCCUCCCUACCUUUCUGCCUCACCCCCUGCAGUUUGGGAUGUGAAGUGCCUUUAACCUAAGUGCCAGGGCAGGAGCAGGGAAAGGGUAGGAAUACCUGAGUGUGUUUUACACCUUUUGGCAUUGUUUUCCAACCACUGGCACAUCUCCACUGCCUCUUUAGGGGCUGAGGUGGAGAGCUGUGCUGGCGCAUGAGGCUCCCUCAGCCCCUCUCCUGCUGUGAGGGUGGCAGGGUGGGAUGGGGUGACCGUGGCUGUAUCCAGAUAUGCCAGAGCAUUCCCAGCAGCACAGCACCAUGGAGGUGCCUGUUGGGGAGCAGGAUCCAGGACCAGCAGCAUCGCCACCCUUGGUUUGCCUGUUGAAUCAUAGCUCCAGUUAAGUUAUUUCUAUAUUUUUUGGGGUAUAUUAUUAACUCCUGACUGGGCAUGGAAAUGCCUCUGUAACUUUGCUAUUACUCUUGUUUGAAAAAAUAAAAUCGUUCUUUUUAAAA